UGUCGCCCGGCCGCGGCUGACGUUGGACAACAAAGAUGGCGACGGGGAGCUGCAACUACUGGGAAGACCUCAGGAAGCAGGCGAGGCAGCUGGAGAACGAGCUGGACCUCAAGCUGGUCUCCUUCAGCAAGCUGUGCACCAGCUACAGCGGCACCCGAGACGGAAGGCGCGACAGGUAUAGUUCUGACACAACUCCUCUCUUAAAUGGAUCGAGCCAGGACAGAAUGUUUGAGACCAUGGCUGUGGAGAUUGAACAGCUUCUGGGAAAGCUUACUGGAAUAAAUGACAAAAUGGCAGAAUAUACAAAUAGUGCAGGAGUUCCAUCCCUGAAUGCUGCACUGAUGCAUACGUUACAGCGUCACAGAGAUAUAUUACAGGAUUAUACUCAUGAAUUCCACAAAACCAAAGCAAACUUUCUGGCAAUAAGAGAAAGGGAGAAUCUGUUGGGAUCAGUACGAAAAGAUAUCGAAUCAUAUAAAAGUGGGUCUGGUGUGAAUAACAGAAGAACAGAGCUAUUCCUUAAGGAACAUGAACACCUUCGAAACUCAGAUCGGUUGAUAGAAGAGACAAUAAGCAUUGCCAUGGCAACUAAGGAAAAUAUGACUUCGCAGAGAGGGAUGUUGAAAUCAAUACAAAGCAAAAUGAAUACCUUGGCUAAUCGGUUUCCUGCAGUGAACAGCCUGAUUCAAAGGAUCAAUCUUCGGAAACGACGAGAUUCUCUCAUCUUGGGUGGCAUUAUUGGCAUCUGUACCAUCUUAUUGCUUCUGUAUGCUUUUCAUUGAUGGAUGUUCCCCAUGGACUCUGCUAACCUCAUCACCACCAUCCCUCCCCCCUAAGUCAAGGAAAAGUGAGUGGGGGAAGAGACAGACUUUAAACAGCCUGCUCUUCACGGCUGGGAGUGUCAGCAUGAUGUCUAGAGUUUACGGUGGUAGACUGUGACACUGGUUUGGGGUUGAAGCUGCAGUAUUUCUCCUUCCCUGCCAUACAUCUUCCUUUGGUUAAAUUUUGCAUAAGUGAUUUUUGUGUUUAAUUCCCUUUCUCACUGCAAGGUAAGUGAAUAUGUGACGCUUUUCAGUACCAAUAGAACAGCUUCCUUGCUCAGUGACGGUGGGGAGGUCUGGUGUUAGCUGAGAAGUGGGAAGUCUGCUUUCCCUGAAGGCCAAGCACAGCACUGAAUACUUGCCCUAUGAGAAGGAUAUUGCAGCUUUAAGCCGUCAGGUUGGUUUACUACUAAAUACAUGUUCUGUAAUUCUUUUUAACUCAUGGCUGAGAUGAUAGUCACUUCUGCAUAACUUGUGCUGUGAAAACUGCUUCACACAAAUUUCUCAAAGAAAGAAGGAUUAUUCGGUUCACUUUUUGCACAGAAUAUGAAUAAACAACCCUCUGAGGAACACUUGUAAGGUUUCUUGUGGCUUUAAAGGGACUGCCAAGUCCCCCUCUGUAUAAUAAAGGGAGCACAGCAUUCUAGCAGCUGUUUACCGUAGUGUUCAGUCAUCUGAAAAGUGACCAAAUGUGAGUUCACCUAAAAGUAAUCUUUUGGGUGUAAAUACUCUGAUUUUUGGCUGACAUCAUAAAAGUCUUUAUAAAGACAUGAUAAGCAGUUUGAAAAGUCUAUAUUGUAAUUUAGACAAAGUUAUUCUAAUAGCAUUAAUAUUUUUACACUGUAAGUAGGAUAUAAUCUUAAACUGUCAAUUGAAAAUGGAUAAACUGAUGGUUAUACCUGAUGGUAAAUGUAUCUGUGUGCAGAAUUUUUGGAUGUAACCCUUCAAAGUAAAAAGUUGAAUGUAUGAAUGGCUAAAUAGUCAAACAAGUUUUAUUUACACUUAUCUUGGGGAGGGGGACAAUGACUUUUUUUUCUUGUCCAGACAUACAACAUGAAUCCUGUUGCAUUUGUGUCUCUAAACAAAGAUGAACUUCAGGAAUGGCUUUGAUAUUGCAGAUUCACAAAUUACAGAUUUUUUGCUGUUUCAGCUGCUCUUUUCCAUCUGUCACAUCAUAACCUAGUAAAUUCAAAGUGAAAUAUCUUUCUAAGAACUUAAUUAACUUUUUUUUUUUCCUCCACAAUCAAUUUACAGUACUCCUAGCACAUUCCAUGUAUGUCAUUACCCCCAACUGCUGGACACUCUCCAGGUUCUGGAGACAGUCCCUGUUCUGCAACACAGUCCAGCAGGACAGUCACAAUUUUAUGACUGCUUUUUAUGUCUGUGCAGUACCCUGUUGGAAGGAGUAGUGACUUGUGCCUGUGUAGUGUGCAGAACUACACUGUCACACAUAAAACACUUGCAUGGACUUGAAGGUUUGUUUGCAGAAUAGUAACUUUGUGCUAAAAAGACUACAAAGACGUGUAAUCAGUUAUCUUGUCUUUGGUUUUAGAAAGCAUUUGAAAUUAAUGCAUAUAAAAUUAUGGGGCUUUUAUUUUAAAGGAUAGUCAUCUGGUUGAUUUGGAAGUGUUCCUGGUUUGAAAUAAAGUUUUUGUUAAAGGGGUUCAUGAAAAACACUGAUAGAUAAAAGAUGUUUAUUAAUUAAUCUAUGUAUUGGGAGAUCAAACCUCUUCUCCCCUGAUCUUUUUUUUUCUCCCCUCAGAGGACCCUGAUUGGCAGUUGUGCUUCUGUUUAGGAUUUGGUUGCUGUGUAGUUGGCAAUAUAAGAUCUGCAGUAUCAUAAAUAAAUUCAUUUAUUUAAUCUUAUAACCAGUCUUUUUACUGGAUUUAAUUGAUUUGGUGCAUAUAUUUAAUCUUAUUGUGCAAAAAAGCUGCUAUGGAAAAUAUGUAGAUUAUAAUGAAUAUGUAAACAGAAUUGAUUUUUCAUGUUAUGGAGGAACUGAUAUAUUUUAGUAUAAAACCAGAAAUGCUGAAUUAUCUCUGAUAAAGCUUUAUUGGAAAUGGUUUCAGUGUUGGCAA